AUGUCGAGCUGGGAGACGACAGCCCUUCGGCUGCACGGCAAUGUGGCCGCCGACUCAACACCAAGCUCUCUACACAAGAGUCUACCACUACUACCAAAGAGAAAUGUCAAGGCCAGGACAGCUUCAGGCGUGAAAGGGGUAUCUUCGCAAGAGAAAAGCCACAGGACGAAAGGAUGGAAACCACUCUCGCUUUCGACGCCGAUGUUACUCGCUAUGAUCGCACUUACGAUUCUUCUCGCCGUCGCCGUUGAGACAUUAGCACAGCGCAGUGCAACACAAGGUGGUCUCGCUCUCUCACCUUCUCUUGAUGAUAUGCCCGGUAUGCUUUGGAGCUGGAUCGAUCUGGACGUUAAGCGGAUGCAGCCAUGGUUCGAGUUGUCUAAACGUGAGGGCGCCACUGCCGAAAACUCACUGUUUCUGGACUACCAAUACGAAUUCGUGGCUCUUGUUCCUUUCAAAUCAGCAAAGAGAAAGCAUUGGCCCGUUUUCUUUGGGGGAACUGCUAUGGUCAUCGUCUUUUGGGCACUAACACCCCUUCAGAGUGCUCUGCUUGGUACAGGUAUCGUAAAGCAGACUGACAUGACCACACUCGUGAACAGGUCUCAGCUGCUUCCCGUUGCCGAGCAUGUUGUGGUCCUUGAUCCCGAGUUCCUCAAUACAGGGUAUGCCAUAGGCUGGCUCGGUCAACAAUUUCCUGCCUUCACGACGCCCGAAUAUGCGCUCCUCCCAUUUUACGCAGGUACAAGCCCCAAGCUUGCUAACUUGGAAAAUCGUCAAGCAGUCCCUUCGAAUAUAACCGCAGAAACUACCAAGCUUUGGACUGAACUCAACUGUUGGCCUGCUGAGAUCGCAAGGAAAGGUAUCCGAAGCAAGGAAGAGUUCAAUUUUUUGAACGGACAAGGUUGUAAUACAACCGCUGGGUUUGGAGCAAGAAAUGAGACAAGAAUGUUCUACAUUGGCUUUUAUACCAGUCCUUAUUCGGACUUCCAAAUCGAGAACCCAAGAUGCGGGCGGACUCCUGAUUCAAUACAUCAGUUCUUGGCGAUCUGGGCCAAAGCUAUUCCUGUCGAUUGGGACCCAUCGCCAACCUUCAACAUCUCUGCCAUGUUUUGUCAGCCUCAGUACUUCAAGCAGAAGGUUCUGGCAACAGUCAACGCGGAGACCUUCGAACCAGAUAGGGGAUCUAUCCUGGAACUUGGACCACGAGAAACUCUUUCAGAUAAUGAGUUUAACAGAACUGCCUUUGAGUAUCUCAUUGCAAAUGGGAUGGCAGAGACACCGAUUACGAAAGAUUAUCCCUUCAAUGCUGUUGUUGAACAACAUCCGCGACUGAACCACACCAACCUCACGUUUCCUGUAUCUAACAUGGUUGGCUUCGCAUUGGCGGGAAAGGACUUGGAUAAGGAUCAAUACGUACAUCACGACAUACUGCACAAAGCAUACAACGACGCUCACAAAUACCUUUUCUCGAUUGCAACAACGACUAUCUUGAUGAACUCGACCACCUUUUCUAACAAGACUGUAUCUGUCGAGUAUUUCAUGACUGGGGUUAUAGUCAGUCGAACUUUUGCGACAGCGGUGGAAUGUUUCUUGCUCAUUGUCGCCAUUUUUACAGGACUUGUUUUAUGGUUUUCGCGGGCCGCACCAAGCAACCUGCCAGUAAAUCCGUCUUCGAUAAGACGUUACAUCGACUUAUUCGGCGACAGCCCGGAGGCACUCAGCACAUUCAAGCCUGUGGGUUACACUGAUGAUAAAGGCCUUCUUGAAGAGUUCAAGAUGGACAAUUUCCAGAUGAUAGCCAAGGAUAACGGUACUAGGGUAGAAUUACUGAUUCACUCGAGGCUUCAAGCACCAGAAUCUUAUAAUAAGUCUGUUCCAAAGGACUACUAUGAUCCUGUCAAGCCUUUAGCCCUCAAGAAAUGGGCCGGUCUCCUCUUCAUUGUCUCCCUGAUCGGCGCCAUGGCUUUUCUGUCGUACUUAAAACAGCAGGAAACCAUACUGAAUGGUUUGAUUCGUCCUUCCAAUAAUUUCGAAGUCCGUCAACUAUUGGAGAACUACAUCCCGACUAUCUUCGCAACACUCGUUGAACCCUUCUGGGUCUUGUUGAACAGACUGCUUUGCGUUCUUCAACCUUUCAAAGAUCUUUCGGAAGGGAAAGCAAAACCAAAGAAUACGAUUGACGCUACAUACACUUCAAUUCCGCCCCAGCUGGUCUUUUGGAGAGCUUUGAAAUCAAAACACUUCGUCCUUGUCCUUGUCUGUUCCAUGGCUCUCCUUGCAAAUCUUCUCGCUGUUGGCCUCGGUUCCCUUUUCAACGAGAAUAUUACAACUGCGAAUUAUACGGUCACCAUGAUCCCAAAUUUUGCGCCACGAUUCAAUAAUGAUUCCGUCUUCGAACUCACUGACUUUUUACAACGGGAUCUCAUUACUACUAGUUUUUACCAAGACCAUUUUUAUAUAGCAAUGGCCAACAUUACUUCGGGGACACUUCUUCCCCCUUGGAUUUCACAAGAGUACUACUUUCAGAAACACCAACUCAAAGACUCGACUUUCAAUAGGACCGGAGAUCUUUACACUAUCAGUACAAGAGGCUUUGGUGCUAGUGCUAAUUGCAGUGCUAUACCAACUCAUGAAUUGACCACUAAGUACGAGAUACCAGAAUUCUGGCCUGAGUACCGGAUGAACCUGAGUCAAUGUACAACUGAUGACCAGUUCGUCGCAAAAGCCGUACCGGUCAUUCGCCAAGCAACAAAUAACCGAUCCACGGGUGUCUCAGCGAUAGAGUAUAGCCACACAGUCGACAGCACUUUCUCCUCGCCGCCUUGUGCGCGAACGAUGACUUUUGGAUGGGGUCGUACUCUAGAAGCGAAGAACAUUAACGGCACAGUCGAGGCCAGUUUCAUGGUCUGUCGUCCAAUAUUUCAAACCGCCAUGUUCAAUGUCACAAUCGAUCCUCUAGGUAAUGUUAUCUCCUAUGAGAAGACGAGCGAUCUCAAGGCCACAAUGGACUACAACAACUCAAGUCUGCAUACCGAUAUCAUAUUUCAGACCUAUAAUCCGCGGUGGAAUACAGAUCCUCAAUGGCAUAACCACACACUCUCGAUGAAUUGGAUGAGUCAUCUCAUUAUGGUUAUCAAUGGUUCAAGAUCAACCCUCGACCCGAAAACUCCCACGCCGGAUUCGAAAGACCUGAUACCAGUUGUUUCUGACAUAUACCGCCGUGUUUUCGCCAUCUUCCUCGGCCUAAACGAUCAUAUUUUUGAGAAUAAUGAUGAGGGCGAAUCAGUUGCUGCAGUACGACAUACAAAAGAAACUCGAAUUUUUAUGGAAGAUGCGUCUUUCAUCAUCACCAUGACAAUACUUGCCCUGAAUACCAUUGUUGCUGGCUUAUUCUAUAUCAAGACUGUUGCUUUUGUCUUGCCACGCAUGCCAACGACUCUUGGUGCAGUCGUUGCGUAUUUUGCACCAAGUCGUCUUGCUACUGUGGCUUACAGAGAUGCGCCAGGUCGAUCCUCUCGGACCAUUAGCUUUGGAAGAUAUAUUGGGGCGGAUGGGAAAGUACACGUUGGGAUUGAGGCAGAUCCUCACGUUGUGCCUAUUGAUCCUUCAUCACUCGGACCACAAAGAAAUUAUUUUAAGUUUCUUAGAUUCAGGGGGGGAAAGAACAUGGACAAGCCGGAUCGAAGUGAGACAUGGCUUUGA